AAAACCUUUUUCCUGAAAGCGAAAGAAAGCUAAUCAAACCACCAUUGCUUACCUCACAGUUUUUUUCAUCUUCUUCAUUUCAUACCAAACCAAACGCAACUCCCCAAUUUUAAUAAACAAGUGAUCUUGGGAUUCAGCUGCUGCGCGGAGUUUCAGUUUCUCUAACGCCAUGGACAGAUUGGUGAAGGCGGACGUGAAGGAAGUGGAGCUCAGCUUCAAAAGGGACCAGAAGUGCGGCACAACUUUCAGGCUCAGCAACCUCAUGCACACCAUGUCCGUCGCAGUGAACCUAACCACCACAAACCCAUCUCUCUUCUCUUUCUCACAGCCCUUCUCUAUAAUCCCUCCUCUCUCUUCCUCCUCCUACACCCUCCUCCUCUCUCAGCCCUCCGAUCAUCCCCCUCUCCCCACCACCGUCCCUAAUGACGUCAUCAACGUCAAGGCCUCGAUGCUGCCGACAGGGAAGGCCGGCCUGGAGGGUCUCCGCCGUCUGUUCGCUAGACCAGGGCCGCACGUUUUCCGGGAUGCCACCAUACCCAUCUCGUUUGUGGGCCCACACGUGGUGGAGUUUCUCAUUUCUCAGCGGACCCAGAUCUCUGGGUUCGAUUUCUUCUUCAACAAAGCGGUUUCCGGGUGCUCUGGAUCGGAGCUCACGGAGCUGCUCAGACCCGCCAUAGCUUCCGGCAACGCGAACUUGGUCUCGAGCUUGAUCGACGCCGGGGGAGAUGUGAAUCCGAAAGUUUCGGAUUCCGGGUGUUGGUUGUCUCUGGCUGUUCGGAGCGGAAGUAUUGAAGUUGUGAAGAUUCUUAUAGCGUGCGGCUGUAAAGUCGAUAACUCGGUUUUGCACGACGCGGUGGCGAUGAACCGGGUCGAUUUGGUGGACAUUUUGUGCAAGAAUUUCCCGGAAAUUGACGUCAACUGGGCUGACUCCGAUGGCCGGACUCCGAUUCACAUCGCGGCUGCGAACGGCCACGUGGAGAUGUUGAAGUUCUGUAUUUCGGCCGGCGGUAAUGCGGACGUUUGGGACCGGAAGGGGUGGACGCCGCUCCAUUGCGCGGCGGAGAAGGGUCACUUGGAGCCCAUCAAGUCUUUGUUGGAAUGCUCCAAUGUGAAAUAUGUAGUUAACAAGAAUGGAAAGACAGCUUUUGACCUCGCAGCUGAAAAUGGUCACUUAAAUUUGCUCUGUUUUCUCCGAUUCGACGACUUUUUGCUCCGGGCGGCGAGGCUGGACGACGCUCACGGCCUAAAAAGUUGCCUUGCGGAAGGGGCAGAGGUGAAUGGGAGGGACCAAAAUGGUUGGACCCCUUUGCAUAGGGCUGCAUUCAAGGGCAGAAUCGAGUGUGUCAAGGUGCUGCUCAAUCACAGUGCUCAGCUGGAUGUCGUCGAUGAUGCAGGCUACACGCCGCUGCAUUGCGCGGUGGAGGCCGGGCAUGUACAAGUAGCUCUUUUGUUGGUUGCGCAUGGGGCUCGAGCCAAUGUGAAGAGCCUCGAGGGCAUUGUGUCGCCGGUUAGCUUGGAUCGUUUUAAGAACCACCCUGCUCUUGUCCAUCCUGUAUGUCAUGAACAGGAGAGAACUUGAGAUUGGAAACUAAGUAGUACUAAUAUGUUUGGGAUGAAUUUUCUUGCCGUGUUAUGCAAAUGUGCAAUCAAUUUGUAUAUACUUUUGUUGAUUUUAUGUUUUUGUAUAAUGUGGAUGGUGAUCAUUGUGGUGAAUUUGAAUGGUACGGUUGGGGUAGAGAGGGAUUUAUAAGGGUUUGUGUUUGCACUCCACUUACAGCUAGCAAAGUGCAAAGUUCCAUCUCAAGAGGACCAAGAUGAAUUGGUAUAUGAAGCUAUAGUAUCUGUUUCAUGUACACUACCGGGAUCAAAGUUGAAUGAACUGAGAUUUUCUUA